UAGGGUUCCCCAACGUUCACUACACUCUCUCUCCUUCUCUCUCUUCCACUGUGAAACUCAAAACUCGAAAAAAAAAAACAAAGUACAAAACUUCAUACCAAAUUCUUCCUCUCUUCUUCUCCGGCGAUUCAAAUCCCUCAUUCCUUAUUGGAACAUCGUAGAUUUCAUCUACUAAUCGGGGUUUGAGUUCGUCUCUCUGGUAUUCAAACGAUGUCGCUGAGACCGAACGAGAGGGCUGAGGUUCGGCGGAACCGGUACAAGGUUGCGGUGGAUGCCGAUGAAGGUCGGAGAAGAAGGGAGGACAAUAUGGUUGAGAUUCGGAAGAAUCGCAGAGAGGAGAGCCUGCAGAAGAAGAGGCGCGAGGGUCUUCAAGCCCAGCAACUGCAAACUUCCACUCACUCAUCGUUAGUGGAAAAGAAGUUGGAGCAUCUUCCGUCCAUGGUUGCGGGUGUUUGGUCUGAUGAUGGUAGUCUGCAACUCGAAUCGACUACUCAGUUUAGGAAACUGCUAUCCAUUGAGCAUAGUCCCCCAAUUGAACAAGUUAUACAGGCAGGAGUUGUUCCUCGCUUUGUUGAAUUUCUAAUGAGAGAGGAUUUUCCACAGCUUCAGUUUGAAGCUGCUUGGGCUCUUACAAAUAUUGCUUCGGGAACAUCAGAAAACACUAAGGUGGUCAUUGAUCAUGGUGCUGUGCCAAUAUUUGUGAAACUUCUUGGUUCUCCAAGUGAUGAUGUCCGUGAGCAGGCUGUUUGGGCUUUAGGAAAUGUUGCUGGGGAUUCUUCAAGAUGUCGUGACCUGGUUCUUGGUCAUGGAGCAUUGCCUCCUUUAUUAGCACAGUUGAACGAGCAAGCUAAGCUUUCUAUGCUGAGGAAUGCUACCUGGACGCUAUCCAAUUUUUGCAGGGGCAAACCACAGCCUGCUUUUGAACUGGUCAAACCAGCACUUCCAGCUCUUGCACGUCUAAUGCAUUCAAAUGAUGAAGAAGUUUUGACUGAUACCUGCUGGGCACUCUCAUACCUUUCUGAUGGUACGAAUGACAAAAUCCAAGCUGUUAUUGAGGCAGGUGUUUGCCCUCGUCUCGUCGAGCUAUUAAUGCAUCCUGCUCCUUCAGUGCUCAUUCCUGCCCUUCGAACGGUUGGUAACAUUGUUACUGGCGAUGAUUUGCAAACUCAGGUUAUUAUCCAACACAAUGCCCUGCCUUGCUUGCUAAAUUUAUUGACUAAUAAUCAUAAGAAGAGCAUCAAGAAAGAGGCUUGCUGGACUAUAUCUAAUAUAACAGCCGGGAACAAGGCACAGAUUCAGGCCGUUAUAGAUGCCAAUAUAGUUGCUCCCCUAGUUCAUCUGCUCCAAAAUGCCGAAUUUGAUAUUAAGAAAGAGGCUGCGUGGGCAAUCUCGAAUGCCACAUCUGGAGGUUCUCAUGACCAGAUCAAGUACUUAGUAAAUCAAGGGUGUAUCAAACCUGUGUGCGAUCUUCUAAUUUGCCCCGAUCCUAGGAUUGUCACGGUUUGUUUGGAAGGUCUUGAAAAUAUCUUGAAGGUAGGAGAAGCUGAAAAGAACACAAGUGAUACAGGAGGUGUUAAUAUUUAUGCUCAAUUGAUUGAUGAUGCCGAGGGGCUAGAGAAAAUUGAGAAUCUGCAGAGUCAUGACAAUACUGAAAUUUAUGAGAAGGCAGUGAAGAUCCUUGAGACCUACUGGUUGGAAGAGGAAGAUGAGACUAUGCCACCAGGUACUGCUUCCCAAGCUGGAUUCAAUUUUGGUGGCGAUCGGCCUGUCGUACCAUCUGGGGGAUUCAACUUCGGCUAAGAAUGCUUUCCUGUGGGUUAUUUCAACAACAUCUCCAGUCGGUCAGGUCAGGCGUGUUAUGUCAUUGUUUCGCCAUGCUUAUUCCAGUCCCAGUUGUUAUUUAGAGGUGUUGCUGGACUGGCUCAGAUGCUUUCAUGAGUCGGGAAUUGACAGAUCUGAGAAAUCGAAGCGAAUUUCGUUUGGCAAACUGAUUUUUUAUUGUUUUUUUCUUAGUUGUCUACUUGUUAUAAACAUGAAAACCAAGCAUUGUUUUCUUUUUCUUUUACACUAUUACGCUCUUUUUAUUUUUUGUUCAUAGUUUUUCCAGAGAGUAGAUUCCAUUUUGGCGAGCUGGUAUCUUCUAUGUUGUUUAUGUUAAACAACACAUUCAAGAAAGUUUUGGUACUAUCAUUUGAUUCCCUAUUUGGUACAAC